UCGUCGUUUCCCUUUGCAAACUCCCUUGCGAAUUCGCCUAUGUCUGAGGCAUUUUCGCGGGCUUAGGGUUUUAAGACCAGUUGCUCUGUUCUAAAACCCUAAAAGCAUGCAGUCGCAAUCGUUCUGUCAUGGGCUUCCCUCGGCACUGGUCGGAUUUCAGGAUGGCGGUGCUCGGUUUCGUAAAUUGCAAUUGGGAAGCAGGGUUGGACCGAGGAGACAAGGACAACGGCUUGAAUUUGCAUCAAAAUUGGACGUGCUGAAGAAGAAGAGAGGUUCGUUCAUGUGCGUUGCCGAUUCUAACGGGAAGCUUAAGUUGGAAUCAUCUGGAGAGGAAAAGGAAAAUCAUGUGUUGUAUGUUAGUAGAUUAAAUGGAGUGGAGCCGUUUCGUGGGAAACCUGGCUCUAUCUCAUUCCAUGGUCUUACUCACCAGUUGGUAGAGGAAGGUAAAUUGAUGUCAGCUCCUUUUAGUGAAGAGAAGGGCUCCUUCCUCUGGGUUCUGGCUCCUGCGGUGUUUAUCUCAUCUUUGAUCGUUCCUCAAGUUUUCCUUGGCGGUCUGAUUGAGGAUUUCUUCAGGAAUGAGAUUCUCGUAGAAGUUGUGACUUCACUGGUUUUUGAAGUCCUAUUUUAUGUUGGAGUUGCCAUGUUCCUUCUUGUUACUGAUCGUGUUCAGAGACCAUACUUGCAAUUCAGCUCGAAGAGGUGGAGCCUCAUUACAGGCCUUAGAGGCUACUUGACAACAGCUUUCUUCAUUUCUGGCUUCAAGGUUAUAGCUCCUUUAUUUGCCAUGUAUGUAACUUGGCCGAUGAUUGGCCUGCCCGCACUUGUGGCAGUGGUUCCAUUUCUGGUUGGCUGUAUCGUCCAGUUAGCAUUUGAAACACAUCUUGAUAGGCGAGGCUCAUCUUCUUGGCCACUUGUUCCAAUUAUUUUUGAGGUUUAUAGACUUUACCAGUUGACAAAAGCUGCCCAUUUUAUGGAGAGGUUGAUAUUCCAAAUGAGAGGGCUUCCCACCACCCCAGAAUUGUUGGAAAAAAGUGGAGCUCUUUUUGCUAUGAUGGUAACCUUUCAAGUCCUAGGGGUGGUAUGCCUCUGGUCCUUAAUGACUUUUCUUUUGAGGCUUUUUCCUUCCAGACCUGUAGCAGAAAAGUACUAGUGCUUGUAACAUUCUGUACAUUCUACUUUUAGGGUAUAUUAACUCCUAAUCACAAUUUAUUUUGUUUCAAGUAGUUCUCGAACAUUUAUCACAAUUUGUUCAAUGAGCUCCAUAUUGUUGUACCCCACCAAUCGAUAUCCAAUUUACUAAACUUUUGCUUGUCAUAUCAUAUUUCGUUAGCAGACAGUGAUAUAUUUAGUUAUUCAGUUUAUUUA